AAAAGUCAAGCAACUGCAAGUGGUCAAGCGAAGCAAAGUCAAGUUAAAAGUGAAUUUCAUUCUUCCCACUUCCCAGUGUUUUUCUUCUAAAGCGUUUGUGUUUUUAUCUCUAAUAAAGUUGAACAUUUAGCAUCUAGUUUUGUGGUGUAUAUUUGAGCAUUUGUGAAAAAAGUGUAAUAAUUCAACAAUCCAUAGCUGUUUAUUGCACUUUUAAGAUUGCUUUCCUAAGACAUUCCAACCAGCAGAUGUCCUAGCAGACAAGACGCAAGGAUGCGCCGUUCAUGAUGAAACUCUAUCCCAACGGGCACUCGGGUCUCAAUGGCUACUUUAUGAUGUACCUCUCGAAAUGGAAACGGAUUGCAGUACUGUUGCUGAUCAUAUGGAUCGCUGUCACCUACCUCGUCAUUUCACCUUUGAGAUGCGACGGGAGCUCAGAAGACGCGAGCGACUUUCAGGAGAGAUUAAAAGCUGUCUCGCAUCAACUGGAGUCGCUGAAGCAGCAUCACAACAACCUCAUUUCACAGAUAAAGAAGUCUGCAGGAUUAAACGUAAAUCUUAACGACUUAGAAACGUCCGCCCUUCUCCACAAUGGCGGCGGUGCAUCGGAAGAGUACGAGAAUCUCCGACGAAGAAUAUACUCCAAUACCAAAGAGAUAUGGUACUUUGUUAACCACGAGCUGACGAAACUCAAGGGAGAGGACGUACCGGGUGACAAGAUUCAGGCGAUACUGGACCAAGUUGCUGACAGAAAAAGAUCGUUACUAUCAGACCAGCAGAAGCUCAUAGAAAUCGAUGGCUACCACGAAUGGCGUAGAACAGAAGCGGCCAACGUCAGCGAUCUCAUACAGAGGCGGCUCAAGUCCCUACAGAACCCUCCCGACUGUCGAGAUUCAAGGAAGGUCAUCUGUAACUUGAACAAGGGUUGCGGUUUUGGCUGCCAACUCCAUCACAUAGUGUACUGCCUCAUAUUCGCGUACGCAACAGAGAGAACCUUAAUCCUCAACUCUAAGGGCUGGAGGUACAACAAUAAGGGCUGGGAGUAUGUCUUCCACCCCAUCUCUGAUAGCUGCACCUCGGCCUAUGACGACAAAGUGGUGCAGUGGCCUGCCGCGUAUGACGCAAAAGUAGUGUCACUGCCAUUCAUUGACUCAAUCACGCAGAAGCCAAAGUUCCUGCCUCUAGCAGUACCUUCGGAUUUAGCACAUAGGAUAGUUCGGUUCAACGGUGACCCGUCGUCGUGGUGGGUCGGGCAGAUGCUGAAGUACGUGCUGAAGCCGCGCCAAGCCAUGCAGAAGGCGAUCAACGACACGAUAGCCAAGAUGAACUUCAAGACUCCUAUCGUCGGAGUGCACAUAAGGCGGACGGACAAAGUGGGCACAGAAGCAGCCUUCCACCACAUUGACGAGUAUAUGCUGCACGUCAAAGACUACUAUGCGACGCUAGAGCUCUCCCAGUACGUCGAUAAGCGGAGGGUAUACUUGGCCACGGACGAUGCUAAUGUAUUAGAAGACGCUAGAAAAAAAUACCCAGACUACGAGUUCCUGGGCGAUCCCUCGAUAGCGAAAACGGCGGCUACUCAUCGCAGAUACACCCCGCUGUCUCUGACUGGACUGUUGGUCGAUUUGCACAUGUUAGCCAUGUGCGAUUACCUUGUUUGCACUUUCAGUAGUCAGGUUGGCCGCGUGGCAUACGAAAUGAUGCAAACAAAUCGCGUAGACGCAUCGGACAGCUUCUACUCAUUAGAUGACAUCUACUACUUCGGCGGUCAGAACGCGCACGACCGACGCGCUGUUAUGCCUCACACCGCGACCGUCAGCCAAGAGAUCUCAUUCCAGGUUGGUGACUUAAUCGGCGUUGCCGGCAACCAUUGGAACGGUUUUGGCCGAGGGACAAAUAAACGAACUAAUUUGAACGGCCUAAUCCCGUGGUACAAAACGGCUGACCACCUGGUCCUGUACCCGUUCCCGGACUACAAGCACGUUCCGCAGUACCCAGACACGCGACAAAAGGACUUAUAGACCAUUCUUAUCUAGUACUUUACUAGCCGCUUGUUUAGACUGCGUUCAAUUUACUUUGGGCGAAAAUACCACUAAAACUUCAGGCGCUGUUUUAAACCCAUUUAUACCAUACGACGUACCUGUACAUCAAUAGUGACGUAAUCCAAUCUGUAUCAAAGGAAUUGAAAGUUUUCAUAGGUAGCAUGUGAAAAAUCAUAUGAAUUCAUUUGAAGCACCUUCUACCUCGUUCAAAUAGUCUGUUAAAAAUCAUAAUGAAAAAAACAUAACGUGUAAAGCGUACUUUCUGACAGUAUGCGGCAGGCCUUGAAAAAAAAUCUUGAAACUUCAAAACUAUUUGAAUUGAACGCAGGCUAAUUAGCGAUUUUUAUAAGCAUAAGCUUAGCCGAAUUACAAACGCUAGAACUUAGUUGUUAAUGGACUUUGUGAUUUGUGAUGUUCAGAUAUUAAGUUCAAAUUAGUUUGCGUUUUAUUAUGCAUAAGAAUAUUAGGAUUUGAAGAGCUGGUUUAAACGUACAUGUUUUUUUCUUUUUUCUGAAGCUACGACCACACCUGCGCAUCCACGACGUGAAUCUAUACGUGCAUACCUACGCAAUACGGUGUUUGCUUCUGUCAAAAAUAAAUUAUCCUCUUCUCUUUUUUGGUGGCUUUUUGUAGUGCCAGCCCAGCACAAUGCACUUCGCCAAUGUAGAGUAACCUAAGGGAGGCACAUAGGAGAUUGGUCGGUAAAAAUGUGCCAAUAUUCUGAGUACUGUUCUAUAGUAGAAGGCUUUAAACAUUAUUUCUCAGUGAUUAUUAAAUAGAGGGUCUUCCAAAUUAUGUAAAAUCCACGUCCUUUGUUAGUUUUAAGUGUGAUAACCAUUUUAAAUUAUCGAUCAAACUAAAAAAAGCACGUCCAAUUCCCUAUAUUAUAUACUCGUAUAUUUAUUAUUUACUCUUUGUAUCAUUGUGAUGUCACAUGCCAGUAUUUCAUAGAAGCUCGCAUACUAAGCCAGUGUUUUUACGUUUGAUAAAAUGAUAUUGAUUUGACUAGUUGUCAAACACCGGAUUGUUGUAGUCGUGUUCAUGUAGCGCGCCAUUAUAUUACAUUGUGGGAAGCGCGACUGACGCUCCCGCUUCAUAGUUGCUUUGGUCGCGCAGGUUUGGAUGAUGCUUUAUCCUCACUGUCAAACUACGAGGUAAUCUAAUGAUGAAAUUUAUAGAGGUCACUUUGACUUUGCUUAGACUUAGUUUCAGUUAAAACGAGACAGAUUUAUGUCAGCGGUACAGCGCUGUCUCGUUUUGACAGUUACUUAACUCUGAGCAAAGUCAAUGUGCGCUCUAUAGAUCUCAACUUUAAAGUAAAGCAUAUGUAGUCUACCAUGAAAUUGCUUUACCAUUUUUGACAACACCAUCAUCAUAAUCUCAUCGCCGCCCCACUACUGAGCACGGGUCUCCUCUCAGAAUGAGAAGGACUUAGACCAUAGUGCACCACACUUAUUGGCCGUUUGGUGGCCUAUUCAUUUCUUUUUCAUUCGCAUCUUUCACUGAAUGAAUUAAUUCCUCAAUUUUGAUCAGACGUUUAAUUUCGAGUGAAAGAAUGAAAUGAAUAAAAAGUGAA